GGCAUAAAAUGGUUCGGUACUCCACACAAAACACCCAAAUUCCAUAAAUUAGGUAUAAAUGAAGUGACCACUCUGCAAUAUCAACAAAUCUCAUUUAACGCCCAAAGGCCCACUUUCCUGCAAUCAUUUCUUCGCUUUUCUUCACAAAAACAUCUUCAAAUUUAUCAAAAAAUCCUUCAAUUUCUCUAAUCUUCCUUCAAAUUCACCAAAAAAUCUUCACAAUUUCUUCAAAUUUCCCAAAUUUUGUUGUUAAUACAUUUUCUUAUUUAUCGAACUUUAAGCUUUUAGGAUACUUUUUUUUUUUGUGGACGGUUUUUAUUGCUCCAAUUUAGUUUUUUUUUGUUUGAGAAUUUUUUAGAUCUAUAUAUUUUAUUGGUGAUGAAUCCAAGAGGAAGAUAUCCACCACCGGGAAUGGGCGGCGGCGGCGGCGGUCGUGGCGGCGGGGGGAAUAUGUACCCUAAUGCGAACCCUAAUUUUCAACCUAGAAAUCCACAGCAGCAGUACGUGCAGAGAAGUCUGGUGAACCAACAGCAACAACAGCAGAAGAAUUUUCAGAGCCAACAGACACAGCAGCAAUGGCUAAGAAGGAACCAGCAGCAGUUGGCAGCAUCUGAUGCUAAUGUUGAUGAGGUUGAAAAAACUGUACAAUCUGAAGCAGUUGACCAAAGUUCACAAGACUGGAAGGCGAGAUUGAAGAUACCACCAGCUGAUACUAGAUACAGGACAGAGGAUGUGACAGCAACCAAGGGAAAUGAAUUUGAAGACUAUUUUCUUAAGCGUGAAUUGCUUAUGGGAAUUUAUGAGAAAGGUUUUGAAAGACCAUCUCCAAUCCAGGAAGAGAGUAUCCCAAUUGCUCUUACUGGCAGUGAUAUUUUGGCUAGGGCCAAGAAUGGAACAGGGAAAACUGCUGCUUUCUGCAUUCCGGCAUUGGAAAAAAUUGACCAGGACAUCAAUGCCAUUCAAGUUGUUAUCCUUGUUCCCACACGAGAAUUGGCUCUUCAAACAUCUCAAGUUUGUAAAGAACUUGGGAAGCACUUGAAAAUUGAAGUCAUGGUUACCACUGGUGGGACCAGCUUGAAGGAUGAUAUAAUGCGACUCUAUCAACCGGUUCAUCUACUAGUUGGAACUCCGGGAAGAAUACUUGACCUCGCGAGAAAGGGAAUAUGUGUUUUGAAAGAUUGUUCCAUGCUUAUCAUGGAUGAGGCUGAUAAGCUUCUUUCGCCGGAGUUUCAACCUUCGAUUGUGCAGCUGAUUCGUUUCUUGCCAGCAAAUCGUCAAGUUUUAAUGUUCUCUGCUACAUUCCCUGUCACAGUCAAGGACUUCAAAGAAAGAUAUUUGCAGAAGCCAUAUGUUAUCAACCUUAUGGAUGAACUUACGCUAAAGGGAAUAACACAAUUUUAUGCUUUUGUAGAAGAAAGACAGAAGCUUCAUUGCCUUAACACGUUAUUCUCAAAGCUUCAAAUCAACCAAUCAAUUAUCUUUUGCAACUCUGUAAACCGCGUGGAACUGCUCGCCAAGAAGAUCACAGAGUUGGGCUAUUCAUGCUUCUACAUCCAUGCAAAGAUGCUUCAAGAUCAUAGGAACAGAGUAUUUCAUGACUUCCGCAACGGUGCCUGCAGGAACCUUGUUUGUACUGAUCUGUUUACUAGAGGGAUAGAUAUUCAAGCAGUCAAUGUUGUUAUAAAUUUUGAUUUCCCGAAGAACUCCGAGACAUAUUUACACAGGGUUGGGCGUUCAGGGAGAUUUGGACAUCUUGGUUUAGCUGUGAAUCUGAUUACUUAUGAGGAUCGCUUCAACCUGUAUAGAAUUGAACAAGAACUAGGAACAGAGAUCAAGCAAAUUCCUCCGCACAUCGAUCAGGCUAUAUAUUGCCUUUGAUCAGUUAGCUGCCUGGUUGAUGGUGCACUAAUGAAAUCUCUUGUUGAAGGUCUGCGACAACUGAGAGGCUGAGAGAAUGGUGGAUGACUUGGCUGUUUCAUGGUUGCUGAGAUAACUGAGUUCAUCUUUAGAUGUAAUGAUAAUUCUUAAGUUGAUCCAAAAAGAAUUUAGCGGUACAUACUGGCACUGGAUAGGUCUAGUCAGAGACCGACUGUUGGUGAGUCCCCUGGUUUAUGUAGUGUUUGGCGUUCGUUGCCUUUUCCUUUUCGCUGUAUGUCUAUCGGAUAUAGCUGUAAAAGCAUUUGCUCUAUGGUAUUUGGAUCUAUAUUCAUCUGUGGCAUAUGGUAAUGUGAUUAUUGAUCAUGGAGAAGUGAUGCCUAAAGAUAUCACCCAACUUCUUAAGUGACGGGGGUAGUCAUUUUCGUGAAUUAACAGAGAUGAAUAUCAGGCGUUCAGUCACUGUCUCAGUAUUUGUGUAGCCUCUGUUCCAGGGGCACUAUACUCCUUUCAGCUCUUAUAGCUUCUGUUAUGUUAGUGUUUGGAAUGAUGAAGCAGGUUUGUCUGCAUGAAUGUAGUCAAUUUGGCUGAUCUGAAGAGUAUGGUUUUAUUUAAUCUAUUUCUGGAUUUCUAUAA